AAAACAGAAACAGGGAACCAGAGCCUUUCAAAUGGAAGGAACUGAAAAGCCAUAUUUUCCAUUCUGUCAUUUUAUAGAUAAAGAAACAGAAGCUGAAGAAGAGUUUGUCCUAGGCCAUUGCCCAGGAAUCAGUGAGAACAAAGUUCUCCCCGUGGGACACCGUUCUUCCAUGGCUCAGGACACACCCCUGAGUCAAGCCAACAGGAAAUCUUUCUGAGGGCAGACUUUUAAGAAGACUCUCCUUGCCUGUGUGCUGUUUUCACCGUCCAGCUUCCUGGCGUGGACCUAUACCCAAGGACCCUGAGAAAAGACACAGAUGAGCAUGGCAAGUGUCCGUUGCAAGCUGGCCCGUUACCUGGAGGAUCUGGAGGAUGCAGACUUUAAGAAGUUCAAGAUGCACUUACAAGACUAUCCUUCUCAGAAGGGGUGCAGCCCACUCCCUCGGAGUCAGACAGAGAAAGCCGACCACAUGGAUCUGGCCACUCUGAUGAUUGACUUCAACGGUGAGGAGAAGGCAUGGGCCAUGGCAGUGUGGAUUUUUGCUGCAAUCAACAGGAGAGACCUUUAUGAGAAAGCUAAGAGGGAUGAACCAGAAUGGGAUAAUGCACAUGUGGUAUACCGGGAAGAAAGCCUUGAAGAGGAGUGGAUGGGUUUAUUAGGGUAUCUGUCCAGAAUCUCUAUUUGUAAAAAAAAGAAAGAUUACUGUAAGAAGUACAAAAAACACGUGAGGAGCAGAUUCCAGUGUAUUAAAGACAGGAAUGCCCGUCUGGGUGAGAGCGUGAACCUCAAUAAACGCUACACGAGGCUGCGUCUUGUCAAGGAACACCAGAGCCAGCAGGAGAGGGAGCAUGAGCUCCUGGCCAUUGGCAGGACUUCAGCCAAGACGCUGGACAGCCCCAUGAGUUCCCUGAGUAUGGAAUUGCUGUUUGAGCCUGACGACCAACACUCGGAGCCUGUUCACACAGUGGUAUUCCAGGGAGCAGCAGGCAUUGGGAAAACCAUACUGGCCAGGAAGAUCAUGUUGGACUGGGCAUCAGAGAAGAUUUACCGGGACAAGUUUGACUAUUUGUUUUAUAUCCACUGUCGGGAGGUGAGCCUUGGGACACGGAGGAGCCUGGGGGACCUGAUCGUCAGCUGCUGCCCUGACCCAAACCCACCCAUAUACAAGAUUGUGAGCAAGCCCUCCAGGAUUCUCUUCCUCAUGGAUGGCUUCGAUGAGCUGCAGGGCGCCUUUGAUGAGCACACGGAGGCUCUCUGCACAAACUGGCAGAAGGUGGAGCGAGGAGACAUUCUCCUGAGCAGCCUCAUCAGAAAGAGGCUACUUCCUGAGGCCUCUUUACUCAUCACCACAAGACCCGUGGCCCUGGAGAAACUGCAGCAUUUGCUGGACCGUCCCCGUCAUGUGGAGAUCCUGGGUUUCUCAGAGGCCAAAAGAAAGGAAUAUUUCUUCAAGUAUUUCUCUGAUGAGCAACAAGCCACAGAGGCCUUCAGGCUGAUUCAGGAGAAUGAGAUCCUUUUUACGAUGUGCUUUAUCCCCUUGGUCUGCUGGAUUGUGUGUACUGGGUUGAAGCAGCAGAUGGACAGCGGCAAGAGUCUUGCCCAGACAUCUAAGACCACCACUGCAGUGUAUGUCUUCUUCCUCUCCAGUUUGUUGCAAUCCCGCGGAGAGAACCAGAAGCACCAAGUCUCUGCCAACAUCCGGGGUCUCUGCUCAUUGGCUGCAGAUGGAAUCUGGAACCAGAAAAUCCUGUUUGAGGAGUGUGACCUUAGGAAUCAUGGCCUUCAGAGGGCCGAUGUGUCUGCUUUCUUGAGGAUGAACCUAUUCCAAAAGGAAGUGGACUGUGAGAAAUUCUACAGCUUCAUCCACAUGACUUUCCAGGAGUUCUUUGCUGCCAUGUACUACCUGCUGGAAGAGGAGGAACAGGGAGGGAUGAGGAACCUGCCAUGGAGUAGUUCUAAGCUUCCCAACCGAGAUGUGACCGUCCUUCUUGAAAACUACGGCAAAUUUGAAAAGGGGUAUCUGAUUUUUGUUGUCCGUUUCCUCUUUGGCCUUGUAAACCAGGAGAGAACCUCCUACUUGGAGAAGAAACUGAGUUGCAAGAUCUCGCAGCAAAUCAGGCUGGAGCUGCUGAAAUGGAUUAAAGAGAAAGCCGAGGUCAAAAAUCUGCAGAUCCAGCCCAGCCAGCUGGAGUUGUUCUACUGUUUGUAUGAGAUGCAAGAGGAGGACUUUGUGCAAAAGGCCAUGGGCCAUUUCCCCAAAAUUGAGAUCAGUCUCUCUACCAGAAUGGAUCAUGUGGUUUCUUCCUUUUGUAUUGAGAACUGUCACAGUGUGGAAUCACUUUCACUGAGGCUGCUUCACAACUCCCCGAAGGAAGAGGAGGAUGAGGAUGAGGAAGAGGAAGGGCACUCUGAGGUGGAUCACUGUGUCCUCCUAGAUCCUCAUGCUGCCUAUACUCACCAGUUGGUGAAUUGUCAUGUCACCGUCAGCCUUUGGCAGAGUCUCUUCUCGGUCCUGAGCACUAACUCACUGAACCUCACUGAACUGAACCUCAGUGACAAUGCUCUGGGGGACCCAGGGAUAAAGGUGUUAUGUGAAAUGCUCCAGCAUCCUGGCUGUAAUAUUCGGAGACUGUGGUUGCGGCAGUGUUGCCUUUCCUAUCAGUGCUGCUUCAACAUCUCCUCGGUCCUGAGCAGCAACCAGAAGCUGGUGGAAUUGGACCUGAGCCACAACACCCUGGGAGACUUUGGAAUUAGACUUCUUUGUGUGGGGCUGAGACAUCUAUUCUGCAAUCUGAAGAAGCUUUGGUUGGUCGGUUGCUGUCUCACCUCAGCAUGUUGUGAGGACCUUGCAUCCGUCCUGAGCACCAGCCAGUCCCUGACCAGACUCUACUUGGGGGAAAAUGCCCUGGGAGACGCAGGAGUUGGAAUUUUAUGUGAAAAAGCAAAGCAUCCACAAUGUAAGCUGCAGAAACUGGGGUUGAUGAAUUCUGGCCUUACAUCAGGUUGCUGUCCAGCUCUGUCGUCAGUGCUCAGCACUAACCAGAAGCUCACACACCUUUACCUACGGGGCAAUGCUCUUGGAGACACGGGGGUGAAGCUGCUCUGUGAGGGCGUCUUGCACCCCAACUGCAAGCUUCAGAUAUUGGAAUUAGAUGGCUGUGGCCUCACCUCACACUGUUGCUGGGAUCUUUCCACACUUCUGACCUCCAACAAGAGCCUGCGGGAGCUGAGCCUGGGUAGUAAUGACCUGGGUGAUCUAGGGGUCAUGCUGCUCUGUGAAGUGCUAAAACAGCAGGGCUGCCUCCUAAAAAGCCUGAAGUUGUGUGAAAUGUAUUUCAAUUAUGAUACAAAAUGUGCAUUAGAAACACUUCAAGAAGAAAAGCCUGAGUUGACCAUUGUCUUUGAGCCUUUUUGGUAGUGAUAGACGUCGGCUGCCAGAUGCCAGCAUUUUGGCUCCCUGCCGUCCAGGUGUGGACAAGUGGGAGUGAGCGCUCCUCCAUCCAGGGUGAAGACCAUCACUCCACGAUGCCUCUGGUCCAGUGUGGGACAGCGAAAUCUUGCUGAUGGUGCAUUUUACAGAGAAUGUGAGCAUCUGCUUUACCCGUGGCUUGAAGACACCAGGACAAUGAAAUCAUCCAAAUGAGGUGGUUCUCAUUAUAGAACCUCAGUCAGAGGAUAUGUUCCUUUUGGUGACCUCAUAUAACUAACUCAUUUAAUAAAGCACUUUUUCUGUGUUUCUUUUUCUCUUCUUACUCUCCCUCAAUCUCCUUUCCCUCAUAUCUUUUUUUACCCAUCUUUGUUCUGUUUACUUUAACCCAUAUCACCAUUAUCACCCACUCCUAUCUUUCUAACUAUAACAAAACUAGUAAACUAUAUAUUAUGUUGCAGUUUUGUAGCAGCAACUUAUUUAUUUUUAAUUUUUGUAACAGUUCUAUUUUCUAAUAAAAUAAUUCGUGUU